AUGUCAGUGGGAUAUGGAUUCGAGAGACGGGCGCACGUCAACAUGAUGACCGAUACCAUCAUCGCCAACCUGCCCGAGGCCGGCCUGCGUUCCGUCAUGCGCGCAUUGAUGAGUUUCCACCCAGAGCUCACGUCGGGCCUGGAAUUGGAGACGGAAAAGUACCUGCUGCGCACCAAUGAUGCCUUCGACGGGUCAAUGUCUGAGCUUCAGAAGCGCGUGCGUUGCAUGCUCGGAUGCGGCUUGGCCUUCGAGAGCGUUUCCGCCUUGACCACCCUCGUGGACUACUUCAAGAAGCAGGUCGAGAGCGGACAAGAGGUGGAUCUGGAAGGCGAAGCGAGUUCCGUGUCGGUGGAGGGUGACCUCAUCCAGGCGACGACGGCCAUGGAGAAGGAGCUCGUCACCGCCGAGGGUUCGCGCACCUUGUCUGAAUACGAAAAACACUUCGUGCAGGGUCUGAUCAGCAGUUUGCAGUCUUGCCGCAUCGCGUUCGUGCACGCGGGCAAGGCCUUCCCGUUCGCGAGGGGACUGGCUGCUUUGAAGGCGCUGGAUGCCGAGGACGAGGCACACCAUGCAGAGGAAUUGGGCAAGAUCGUACUUACGCCAUUCGCCUACGGUGACCCCAGCAAGCUCGAAACCUUCAAGAUUGGUCAGCGCGUUGUGCCACGGCUUUUCGGUGGGCUCUGGCAACUUUCCAGUCCGGCAUGGGGGACGGCGCCGCAGUCCAAGAUCGUGGAACACUUCACAAAUUACGUCAACUGGGGUUAUACUGCCUACGACAUGGCAGACCACUAUGGAGAUGCCGAGAUUGUAUUUGGAAAAUUCCGUUCAGCUUGCUCGCAUCCCGAAAUCCUCUUCGCUGCGACAAAAUACUGCGUUUUCAAUCCCGUGGUGAUAACGCCAGCAGUCAUACAUGCGAAUGUUUCCGAGAGAUGCCGCAGGUUGGAGAGUGACAAGUUGGAUCUGCUCCAAUUCCACUGGCAAAACUACCUCGAUCCUCAAUACGUUGAAGCCCUGAAGCUUCUCCAGAUUGAUGAUCGCAUCUCGAACCUUGGUCUCUGUAACUUCGAUACCGAGCAUAUGGAAAUCGUCCUCCGCGAAGGAAUCAAGAUACAGACAAACCAAGUUCAGUUCUCCCUUAUUGACUCCCGGCCUACUGUCAAAAUGGCCGCAGUCUGUGAGAGAUACGGAGUUAAACUCCUGACUUACGGCACUCUGUGUGGCGGUUUCCUUGCCGAUCAGUGGCUGGAUCAGCCGGAACCUGAGCCGUUUUCAUGUGACAUAACGCCAAGCCAGCGGAAAUAUUUCGAGGCUAUCCUCACGUGGGGCGGCUGGUCACUCUUCCAGACGUUACUGCAAACGCUCUCGGCCAUCGGUGCCAAGCAUGGCGUUAGUAUUUCCAACGUCGCUACGCGUUGGGUGCUGGAUUUCCCGUAUGUUGGUGCUGUGGUUGUUGGGUCGAGAAUGGGGAUCAGCGAAAGGGCGGACGACAAUUUUGCCGCCUACGGUUGGAGACUGGAUGAAGAGGACAGGAAUGCCAUCGAGCAAGUACUGGCACAAAGCCAUCGGGAUAAAAUGUUUGAGGCCAUGGGCGAUUGCGGAACAGAAUACCGGGGAUGGAGCAAGGCAUAG